AUGGAAAAUGCAAGGUUUAAUAAUGAUAACAACACAGAUAUUGGUGAAGAAGCACCAUUUGAAUUUAAGAAUUUACUUUCUGAAAUGUUUACAUCUUUCCCUAAUCAUCAAAAUCCCACAGCCGCUUCCAAUUCAUUAGAAAAUAUUCCUAAAAUUGGAUUUUCCUGUUCCUCUCCUUCUUCUAAUUCGUCGUCUUCAUCACAUAAUAUUAUUUCUUUUGGGAAUAAUAAUAUUCCAGCUGAUUCUUAUUUUUUAGAGGAUAAUGAAUUAGAUUAUGAUAUGAUAACGGAAAAAGUGAUGAUGAGCAGCAGCAUAUCUAAUUCAUCAGUGGCAGCUAAGAGGAUAUGUAGAACUCCUUUGCAAUCUCAAGAUCAUCUUUUGGCUGAAAGGAAACGUCGAGAAAGAUUUUCCCAACUUUUUGCUCUUUUGGCCAAAGCUAUACCUGCUCUCAAGAAGUUGGACAAAGCUUCAAUUCUUGAAGAUGCUAUAAAGUACAUAGGAGAACUUCAAGAACGUGUUAGUACUUUAGAGGAAGCAGUUGGGACAAUAAAGAGUAGUAGAAACUUGAUUGAAACAAGUGAUCAUGCCACAUUAAUACACAAACAAUAUUCUCAUGUUGAAUCCAAAAGGCAUGAUGAGAAUAUUGAUGAUAUAAAGGUUCAAAUUCUAGAGAGAAAUGUACUCAUAGGAAUCCAUUGCAAUAAGCAAAUGAGGAGCAUCUUCUCAAUAAUUGCAGGAAUAAUGGAAAACCUACAUCUUACUAUUCACCACAUUCGAGUUACACCAAUAUCCAAUCACACAUCUCUUCAGUAUAUCUCCAUUCUUGCUGAGAUUGAUGAGAAUGUUGAUAUUAAAGUGGAGGAUGUUGAAAAGGCGUUUGCAUUACAUCUUCUAACCACAUAAGACUAAAUUCGACUUUACUCCAAUUUGAUGUUAAACGAAUCCUUUAAUUGAAUUCAUGCUUUAAUUUGAACUAUAUAUCAAUAUGGACAACAACGCAUGUACUGCUGGAACUACAUAAUAUUUUUCUUUUGA